AUGCCUGAGGUGGAGGCUCACGUGGAUGUGCCGAGAGUGGAGGUGGAGUUGCCAGAGGCGCAGGUGGAUGUGGGCAUGCCGAAGGCGGAUGUUAUUGGUGACAUUUUUAGUGGAAAUUUGUUUGUUGAUUCGAAACUUAAUGGAUUUACUGGUGGUAUAUGUAGCUCUCCUGACGUUGUUAUUUCCCCCGUGGUUCAGAAAUUGAAUUUUACUUCUUCCAUGCCUUCUCCAAAUUUGGCUGAUGCACUUCGUCAAUCUUCUUUUCCUUGCGAUAACAAUUCCUUUUCUGAUGUGACGGUUUCGGAGCAAGAAAGCUCUUCUCAUAGUGGAAGUCUUCAAAUUUCACCUCGUGACUUCUAUGUCCAUUCGGCUACGCCUGAGUUUAAGCGCCCGUUGGGCGUUGAAACCAUAAAUGAAGAAUCUUCUGUUACGGCGGAAAAGAAAAAGGAAAGGAAUGUAUUGAACUGGUUUUAUCCAUCCUGGCGUGGAACAGGGAGACGCAGAUCAGGUGUUAGCACUUCAAGUGGAGUGGAGGAUGGACGUUCUCCGUCUACCACAGUCGGGAGGAAACCAAAGCUUGCAAAGCCUAAAAAACCUACCUCUACUUCUACCACAUUUACGGCUACUACUUCAGGUGUUGUGGAAGACGAGGAUUUGGGUCUUCAGGCUGAUGUUGUUCCAAACGUUCAGCUUUCCUCCGCGCCUUUACUUAAAUCAGAGUACCAUCAGUCGGAAGUCAAGAAUUUUGAACCUGCACUACCAAGAGACGUAGAAUAUCUUUGGACUCAACAGAAAGCUGCAGAGUCGUCUUCGAAAGUACCUAAAUCACGCGGCUCGAAAUCGCUUUUCCCGAAGAAGGUAAAAUCAAAAAAGAAGUCUGCAAAAGUUAAUAACAUCGAUCAAUCGGUACUCAAAGAUGAAUCAGAUGUGUCUACUCCGCGAUUACGUAAACCGAGCAGCAGUCUCUCCGGUGAACCUCUUCAACGCCAAACUUGGCAUCAUCCUGAGUUGACAAUCAGUCCAAUCGUCACUGCAAGCAGCCCCACACCUCCGCAUUCUCCACUGCAUUAUCAACUGAAUGAUGAAAUCUCGGAGUGGUUGUCACACGCCUACCGUGCUCACUACGCUGAUACAUCACCGUUGCGAAAACCACGGCCCUGGAGUACGCUCGACUUUCCACCUCGAAAUUGCACCUUCCUCAACGAUGACUAUCUCUUUCCAUAUUCUAUCACACCAACGAAACUACCAAGCUGUCACUGGAAGAGUGAUAAGGAAUAUGAUGUUCCCUACAUGGACGAUGAUGCACUGCCCUUAGACGAACCAGAAUGGGCGCUUGGAGAAUCUCGGCGAACACUAACUCUUACUUCUGCUGAUGCUGAUUUCUGGCACACGGCAAUUGCCGAAGAAGAGAAAAGUGACGCUUCUGGUGGUAGGUUUCAAACUGUCUCCUCUCUUUAA